UUCAGCCGCUCAUCAAUAGGGAGUCCGUUUGAAUAAUGUGUGAGCGCUUUGGACUGGAGCCAAUCAGCUGUCAGGGGCUCGUGAUAAAUCGCAAUGCAUUAUUGAUAAUAAUAAUUACGUUGACAUGCGCAUUUCCCACUCGAGGGGCUAAUUUUCCGAGCCGAAGGAUUUGCAGAAGAAGCGGAGGAAAAUAGUCCGUGACUCUUUGCUCCUGAUGGUCGCAGCAUGUCGAGGCGUAAGCAAGCCAAGCCGCAGCACAUCAACUCUGACGAGCCCGCUGCGACCCAGACUGGUAUUCCUCGAGAUGAUCAAGCUGAGGAGGACGGAGGCGACAUAAAGCGUUUCAGGAUGGAGGAAACCAGAGUCUGCAUCAAGUGCUGCGCCGAAUUCUUUGAUGAAGCCGAGUUCACAGAGCACGAACGAAAUUGCACUAAAAGCCAGCAGGUGGUCAUCAUGAAGGAGGGAAGUGGCAACGAAGUGCCAGAGGAAUAUUCCCAAGACUCCCCCGAAGGCCUUAACAGUGACCACGACGAUAGCCAGUCAAGCAGUCAUUCCCACAUUGACCAGCUAGAGAGGACGGAGGAGGAGUCCAGCAUGAAUGCAGAAGACUCGGGACACGGGGACCCGGGAGAUGUGGCUGCGAGUCCCGAGACGCCUUUUCACCCUUCACCUAAAAUGCAAGAUUCCAGUGUCCUGCCUGAAACCAUACCUGAUGCUAAAGUGGUUGUCUCCCAGCAUUCCUCAAAUGCUUCUCUGACGUCAGCACAGGAUGCCCUGCAGGCCAUCCCAAUUAUCUUGGAGCAGCUUGUGUGUCUUCAGCAGCAGCAGCUCCAGCAAAUCCAGCUCACAGAACAGAUUAGAAUCCAAGUGGCCAUGAUGACGCCUCAGGGUCUGCAUUCAUCGGUAGGAGCAGCCAUGGAUCCUCUGAAAGCCCUGGGGGCUCAUCUCUCUCAGCAGCUGUCUGCUGCGGCAGCGCUGAUCGGGAAACGGACUGGCAACCAAAGUCUUUCCAUGGAGACAAUGAAGCAAGGCAAACUACCUCUGCCCACUGGAAUUCCUGCUUCUCUUGGUGCAGGACUGGGGCCGGUAGCCUCAAAAACGGACAUUUUAAAGGGCGUUCCCGAGCUGGCCAGCCGUUUACCGGCCCUGCUGCCUCAGUCUCCAGGCGUCCUGGCUUUCCCCGGCUCCUUCAACGGUAUGCAAACAGGGUUGGACUCCUCCAAGAAGUUGAAGUCCAAGAUGUUGAGCCUUCCGCCAGAAUCAAAGAAUGUGGAGUCAUUGUACAAGCAUAAGUGUAAAUACUGUGGCAAGACCUUUGGCAAUGACAGUGCCCUCCAGAUUCACUUGCGCUCUCACACUGGAGAAAGGCCUUUCAAAUGCAACAUCUGUGGAAACCGCUUCACCACCAAAGGAAACCUCAAAGUACAUUUCCAGAGGCAUAAAGACAAAUACCCAAACAUCAGCAUGAAUCCUCAUCCUGUACCGGAGCACCUUGACAAUAUUCCUACCAGCAGUGGGAUUCCAUUUGGUAUGUCCGUACCCCUGGAGGAAUCGAAUCUUACUGAAAUGAAGCCUAUCCUCGGUCAUCCUGCUCCUGGAUUCAACCCGCCCUCCAUGCAUGGUUUCAAAACCUUUGAUAAUUUUGGGGGACCGUCGCCAUCAGCAAGCGACGCCCCCACACCUGUGGCCUCUGUGUUUGGCAAAGAAAUGGGACUGGAUCCAAGUCCAAAGGAUCCCAAAGAUUUGCUGGGUGCUCUGCAUCACAUCAACCCACUUCCUGGUGAGCAGAGCUCCGGAACGGCAAAACUCCAGCAGAUGGUAGACGGGCUGGAGAAGAGGACCAAUGACCCUAAUGAGUGUGUCAUCUGCCACCGGGUGCUCAGCUGCCAGAGCUCCCUCAAAAUGCAUUACCGCACACACACCGGCGAAAGGCCCUACAAGUGCAAGAUCUGUGGUCGCGCAUUCUCCACAAAAGGUAACCUGAAGGCUCACUACGGAGUGCACCGAGCCAACACUCCUUUGAAAAUGCAACACUCGUGUCCCAUAUGCCAGAAGAAGUUCACAAAUGCAGUGGUUCUGCAGCAGCACAUUCGCAUGCACAUGGGAGGCCAGAUCCCAAACACCCCCAUGCCAGAAAGCCAGUUUGAACCAGCAGACACCAUGGAGCAGUCUCUGUCUGAGGAAAAGUCCAUGGAUGCCCCUAGCUUUGAAGCAAGCAUGGAUGACCAAGAACUGAGUUCCCAAAAGCCACCUGCUCCCUCGGACCCCCUUCCAUCUACUUCAGAGGAGCAGAAGCAUACAAUCUUCUCCAGCCUGGAUGUUCUGAAGAAUCUCACAUCUGCGCUGGCGCUAAAACGCCAGACGAGCACCACUUCAGAGAGUGAAGGAACCUCCAAAGAAUCACCUCCAGCUCCUAAAGAGCCAGACUGUCUGAACGGCCGCAGUCCUGCCAUUUCUGAUUCCGCCGUGUCCUUUCGCUCCUCCUCCCCGGUACACAACAUGGGCACCAAGUCUCCACCUUCAGGUGUGGAGGAGGUUUCUCGCAGUGGAUCAAAACUGGACUUUGACUCGUCACAAGAUGGCUGUGAGAGUAGUGGAGCCCUUGACCUCACUGCGUCCAGCAGCUUUACCCCAAAAGCUAUUAAAGAAGAACCAGGCUUGCCGUUUUCAAAUGGAGACUAUGGAGCUCCUGCCAACAUAGCUUUUAUGAAGGUGCCUCCAGGUCUAGGUAGUCUGGACAUGAAGAUUCCUCCAGAGAACCCCUUGGGGCCUCACGGCUUGUUCAGCUCUCAGAUGCCUCAAGGCACCUCCAUGCACGCCAUGUCCUCUGGACCCCGGAGAUCAACCAAACAGCAUGUGUGCCAUGCCUGCGGCAAGAACUUUUCAUCUGCCAGCGCCUUGCAGAUCCAUGAGCGCACUCACACAGGGGAGAAGCCUUUCGCUUGUCACAUCUGUGGCCGGGCUUUUACCACAAAGGGAAACCUCAAGGUGCACAUAGGCACUCACAUGUGGAACAACUCAUCCCGCCGUGGCCAGCGUCUGUCUCUAGAUAACCCAAUGGCCUUAAUGGCGAUGAGCUCUGAGGCCAAGAUGAUGCCCGAAAUGAUGGCCCCGCCCAAGGAGAUGAGUGCGCCACCAAUGAACUUCGACCCUUCCCUGUGGAACCAGUACGCCGCCGCCGCCUUCAGCAGCGGCUUGACCAUGAAGACCAAUGAGAUUUCUGUCAUUCAGGGGGGCGGGAUCCCUCUCCCCGGGAGCCCCGCCGGCGGGCCGCUGAUCGGCUCAACUGGGGGUCUCAUGAAGAUGGAUGGAUCCCACUCGGGCUUGCCCGCAAGCAUGGCUGAAAUUGAGAAAAAUGGCUCUGACAGCGUGCCAAAGUCGCAGUUCCCACAUUUCAUGGAGGAGGGCAAAAUUGCAGUGAAUUGACAUAAAAUUUUAACCAUCAGGUAGCUCCUCCCCCUCUUUGAGUUUGAAUGUUUCAUAGGAGGUACAAUCAAAUCCCGUUUGUCCAUCGAUUCCACUGAAACGAUCUUCCCUCCAGAUCUCACUGACUCUUAAGCCUUUAGUCGAACUGAUAUUAACUACUGUAGUUCUUUUAUUUUAUAUGAAUAUAUAUGCGGGUAUUUUUUUUUUUUUUUUUUGUGACUUUGUUUUGCUGUUUAUUCAAAGGUUUGAAUGUAUAACUUACUUGAAACUGCUUUAACUCAUCCUUAACAAGUUUGAAGGAUCUUGACUAUUAGGGACCGCUGCAGGGCGGGGCAUUUUUUUUCAGGAUCUGACCAAUCAGGAAAGACUUUUGUUAUAGUGAAUCUAAAGACUACUCUCCCUUCUUUGUUCAUACACUCUGUAUGUUUUAAGAGCUGGAUUUUUUUUCUUUCUGUAGCUUUAUUAGUAGCUUUUAUCACAAUUAUUCUAUAUUUUCAUUCAGUCGACAGUUGAAAUCAUACCAUAAAUCAUUUUUUUUUUGUCUUAUUCAAAGUGCCUAAUAUAAAUUCUGUUGCAUUUCAAGGUUUCUAAAGUUCUGGAUGCUUCUUUCUUGUAUCCACGCUUUACUAAAAUGUCUCCAACUUCACAAAUUGCAGAGUUGGCUGAGCUCUGAGGGCAGUUGGGCCCAAAGUUCUCAUGCCUGCACUUUAUUUCAGGUUCAGGUGCAUUUCUAUUCUGCCAUUUUUUUGUUUUGUUUCUUUAUUUUUUUAUUUAAAUGAAAAGAAGGCAACUUCUUGAAACAA